AUGUUACAUAUUUUAUCUUUUACAUAUUAUAUUUUUUACAUUUUUCUCUUAUUAAAAUAUACUAAUGGUAAAGCAUUAAAGAAGGAUUUGUAUUUUGAUAAAACAAUUCCUGAUCACGAAACAAUUUUAAAUGAUAGUGAUUUUAUAAAUGCUAGAGUACUUAGAGAUUCAAUUGAAUCUGGUGAUAAUAUAGACGAGGUAAUUGAUGAUUCAGCUAUGUAUAAUAAGAAUAGAUUUGAAGGAGAUAUUAUUAAUAAUGGAUUGACAGCACGUAGUAUCAAAAGUUUUAUGGGAGAACAAAAUUUUAAUAAAACUUUUGGUGUAAUGAGAAAUGCUGUUCGUCAAACAUAUUUAAAAUGGUCAGAUGGUAGAAUUCCUUACACUAUAUCAUCACAAUAUUCAUCAUUUAGUCGUUCAAAAAUUGCUGAAGCUAUUGAAGAAUAUAGAAAAUUAACAUGUAUUGACUUUGCACCUAAAUCAGCUGCAGAUGUUGAUUAUAUUCAUAUUGUUCCUGAUGAUGGAUGUUAUUCAUUAGUAGGAAGAGUUGGUGGUAAACAACCUGUAUCAUUAGGUGAUGGUUGUAUACAAAAAGGUAUAAUUAUUCAUGAAUUAAUGCAUUCUGUUGGAUUUUUUCAUGAACAAUCAAGAUCAGAUAGAGAUGAAUAUAUUAAUAUUAAAUGGGAAAAUGUUGAGGCUGGUUUACAAGAUCAAUUUGAAAAAUAUGAUUUAAAAAUGAUUGAUCAUUUGGAUACAAAAUAUGAUUAUGGUUCUGUUAUGCAUUAUGCAUCAACAGCAUUUAGUAAAAAUGGUAAAAUAACUAUUGAACCGCGUAAAAAAGGUGUAGAAAUUGGUCAACGUGUAGGUUUCUCACCUUUAGAUUUAUAUAAAAUUAACAAGCUAUAUAAUUGUCCUCAACUAGUGAAACCACCAACUGACGAAAUAAGUGAAGAGGUUAUUGAAACAACCACUACAAAAUUAAAGAAAACAUCAAAAAAACCUAUUAAGCAAGAAGUGGAAGUUGAUAGUAAUGAAGAAGAAGAAAUAGAUAAUAGUGUAAUAGAAGAAGAUAAAGAAAAUAUUGAGAAUGGCGAUGAGUAUAAUAAAAGAUUUUCAUCAAAAAAAGGAUCUAUAUCUGGUGGUGAUAGUGAAGUUAAUAUUGGUAGUAGUAUAGUAGAUAUAGAGUCAGGUGAAGAUGAUAAUCGUCAUAAUGAAUCAAAUGAAAGAAUGUUAAAAUUAUCAAAAUUAAAAAUAAAAUUUUGUAAAGAUAAGAGAAGGGAUUGUAAAUUUUUAGCUGAAAAUAAUCAUUGUCAAAUAAAGAUAAGUAAAAAAUUUAUGAAGGAUAAUUGCCCAAAAAGUUGUGGGUUAUGUAAAAAAAUUAAAGAACCAAUAGAUUAUGAAGAAGAUAAUAAUUGUAAAGAUUCUAGAUCCUGGUGUGGAAAAUGGGCUGACUCUGGUAUGUGUCAACAAGCAAUGUUUAGAGAGUAUAUGAAAGAAAAAUGUCCCAAGAGUUGUGAUUUUUGCUAA